AUGGCAACACCAGUUUCCCUCCCCGAGGUCAUCGCCUCCAUUACAUCUCAUUGGUCACCGCACCUCGUCGCCACCAUCAACAACCACCACGUCAAAGUCGCCAAAAUUGACGGUGCCUUCAUAUGGCACGCCCAUCAAAACUCCGACGAGGUCUUCUAUCUCAUUUCUGGCAAGCUCACAAUGGAGAUGGAGGAACAAGAAGCCAAAGGAGAAGCCAGAGCAGAGAUCCGCAACGUUCUGAUGAAGCCAGGCGACAUGUUCACCGUACCCAAGGGUGUUAGGCAUCGGCCUGUCGCGGAGGAUGCCGUCAUCAUGAUGAUAGAGAGGGAAGAUACGAUCAACACGGGGGAUCAGGCGGACUCUGAGAGAACAAGGGCAGUCAAGGAUGCGCGUGCUGGGCUCGACGAUGUCGCCAGUUUGAUCGGAGGACUGAGCAUCGCCGAUCACCCUAAGGUCGGCAACCGCACACACCCAACCCAGUCGACUCUCACAAUAGCGAUCCUUACCCUCAAUCACACCGCAACAGCCGCAUGCCUGCAGGCGCAAAAGGUCCUUGCUUCAGCUAGUGAUGCCCGCAUCGUUAGUAGCGGAGCUGUGGCAGAAAUUUGCUCCCUACGCAGGAGAGUCGACGAGCUUGCGAAUGCUGCCGACGCCCUUAGAGAUGCGACGGAGCGAUCAAUCGUGGAACGUAUCUGCUUGCUUGGAGGCGAAAGGGGAUAUCACACAAAAAGGCUUCUGACCUAUUUCGACAAUCAAAUCAUGGUCAUUGUCCGGGAUGUCAGCAGCUCCAAUGAUGAGACAUGUGUAUUAUGGAAGAUUAUAGAAGAGUGUUACAACCAAGCCAUUGGACCUUCCGGUAAACUACAGUCCGACGACUACUUCAUUUCAAUAGAUGAAGUAUGCCCUGAAUGGCCCUACGACCCGGAUUUCGAGAGCGAAGAAUACUAUGAGCACGAAAAUCGUCUAGAUGUCGAUGAAAACUACGCCGAGCUUUGGAGAAGGAAUGCGGAAUUACGCGAAGCCAACAGGACCAGAGAAAGGCAGGGACAAAGGCAAGGGUGGAUCGACUUUUGGGUUCGAGCAUUGAACCACUGCCCGGGUGGCCCGACACUGUUCUACCCACCAGCUGCUUCUUCCGCCGCAAGAUCUAUAGAAUGGCCAUUCAACGAUAUUCCACGGUAUCUUUUCCGGGUCUUCGACUCGACGAGCUCUGGCAGAAACGAUGAAAAUGUGGUGGCUUCAACUAUGAGCAUAUCUGGCACCCCAGAGCGCAGUAAGAUCGAUAUUUUGUCCCUGAGAACACACGACGCAUCGGAAAUGCUACAUGAUCACCUAGUUAAAAGCUUGUUCAGCGGCAAUGCAUCCGACAACCUCAUGUCUUGGAGCAGCUCUCUGAUGUUUGUGAUUCAAUAUGCGAUUUGGAGGUUCCAUAUCGGUAAAAUCUCCCCAGCUAAGGUUCGAAUUUGUGUAAUAGACACAAGCAAAUUUCCACCCGGGCAAUUUGUAAGAGAUAUGCCACUGCUCAAAGCAUUCGACAAUAAGGAACUGAGCGAGGGUCAGAAACGAUUUUCCCGGCUCCGUCUAGGAAAUCCAGAAUACGACAACGGAGAAUAUCUUUCCCAAGGAGUGGUUAAUCAUGUCGGCCGAUCAUGCACUUUCUUGUUGCAAGACUUGGUAGAAGCUGGACUCUAUGAGUUAUAUCCCGAGUUUGGAGAUGCCCAGUUCAGGGGGCUAUGGACGAACCGCGUACGAGACCUUCGCUUUUCCUGGGGCACUGAGCAGAAAACGACCCUGCAAGAGAUACUUCAUGCGUUCAACAUAGCAAGAAAUUGCUUUGGGUCAUUUAACGCGCCUCAUAUCGCGCUACUGCUGCUAACUUUUAAGAACCGCAAGCUUCGAGGGACAGGUAAGACCCGCUUCCCUACCACGGCAGUAUGA